UUUUUGUGUAAGAGAAUAUAGGCAGGCCUGAAGAAAAGCAAAGCGACCUGAAGAAAAACGCAGCCACACAGAGCCCUUUGUUCUUGAGCGAACACGGAGGAGCAGCAGCAUCAGCCCUCGUAAUUCAAGAUGCAAAGCGUUAAAAAUUCCAUCUUGUGGUACGUGAGGAUUGGGACUUCACCACAAAACUUGAUGCUGGCUGAAAGAGGAGGCAAUGUGCCCAAGUGUUUGAGUCGCCAUCUGUGUGCAUCAACAAUCACCAACACUGAUCAGAUUUUGGACCGAGUGGUUGGACUGGUGAAGAAGUUUGAUAGAAUUGAGUCAUCUAAGGUUACUGAAACAGCUCAUUUCCAGAAGGACUUGAGCCUUGAUAGUUUGGACAGGGUGGAGCUUGUUAUGGCCUUUGAGGAAGAAUUCUCCAUUGAAAUCCCUGAGAAAGCGGAUGAGCUCACCUGCUGUGCUGAUGUUGCAAAAUACAUAGUCUCUGAAGCUGACCAGAAGAGUGCUUAAAGUGUGAGUGGUUGUUUUUAUGUUUGGUGAACUAGUAGUCUCUUAGGAUUCUCAUGUCAUUUCCAUUAGUCAUAUCAUCUAACCUAAACUGUCUGCAAACCUCAAGGCUGGUUGAUAUCACAUCUCAUAUUGCAAAACUUAUAUGGUAUUAAUUCAUGGCCCAAAGCUGUAGUCUAUACAACCAAAUAUGAGGUUUUGUAAUGUUUACAUGCAUGAUCUCUGUCAUGCUAUGAAUUUAUAUAGGUAUACACACAUGAUGAUCACACUUUCAGCUAUAUACAUGUGGUAAGUAGAAUUCUUACCACUCUCUCUCAAUAGAA